ACAGAUUCAAUCUUUCGUUUCUCCUUCACCACGGCCGAAAGAAAAAGUGAAAAACCCAGGGAUAAACCUUCUUCAAUCUCUCCCUCGCUGUCCCUCCCGCCUGAACCAGAGCGACGGGAAGAGAGCCUCUCCUUCCAUUUGCUAGACAUUCAUGAAACCUCCGCUGCCUUUUCAAUCAUCGUAGAACAUCUUGUUUCCAGAGGGAGAGAAGGCAUUCCAUGAUUUAUCCAAAUUCGGAGUCUGCUGAAUCUGGGUAUUCGUUAUAACAAUUUGUGAGCAAUGUUGCAAAGAACUGCAGUUUCCCCAAUUUUCAGCAGCACAUCAUCGCCUCUCUUGUUAAUGGCCAUUGCAAGAAGAAUCCCACUGAUGUCAUUUAUCCAGCAUAGCUAUCACACUUUACACCGUCCUUCCAUUCUCUCAUGCCAUCAUCCUGAUCAUCGUCCACUUGCUCGACCUGUGAAGUUCUCUAGCAGAAGAGCUGAAUUUUGUAGCCUGGUAUCAUCAGCAGCAUCACGCAUCCAUGAGUCAUCAUCAACAGUGGCUACUAGGGUUUCCGGUAGAGAAACAAAAGCACAGAGGAGAGCUGCCCGGAAUUCGCCCGAGGGGCAGCUUCGUGUGAAGAUCGAUAUGUGCUCGAAAUCUGGCGACCUAACCGAGGCUCUCCGUCUCUAUGAUGAGGCAUGCCGGGAUGGGAUCCCGGUUACCCAGCACCUUUACAAUGUAUUGCUGUAUUUGUGUUCUUCUUCUAAUGCGGGUUCCUUCUCUGAUUUGGGUUUGAAGAGGGGAUUUGAGAUAUUUCAGCAGAUGGUGAUUGAUAAAAUCGAUCCAAAUGAGGCGACUUUUACCAAUGCAGCUCGGCUUGCUGCAGGUUUGGAAGACCCUGAUAUGGCAUUUGAUUUGGUUAAGCAAAUGAAGAAUUUUGAUAUCCCUCCAAAAUUGAGGUCGUAUGGCCCGGCCUUAUUUGGAUAUUGCGAGAAGGAGAUGGCUGAUAAAGCUUAUGAAGUUUAUGUACACAUGAAUGAAACUGGUGUAGUGGCUGAAGAGGCUGAGAUUUCUGCACUUUUGAAAGUGAGUGCUGGUGCAGAGAAGGGAGAUAGGGUGUAUGAGAUGAUUCAUAGGUUGAGAGCCAUGGUCAGACAAGUUGCAGAAUCGACUAUGGAGAUUAUUGAAGAUUGGUUUAAAUCUGAGGGUGGUGGGAAGAUCGGUUUAGGGAAAUGGGAUGAGAGGAGGGUAAGGGAAGGAGUUGUGAAGGGGGGAGGAGGGUGGCAUGGGCAAGGGUGGUUGGGGGAUGGCCCGUGGAGAGUGACAAGAACUCAAGUGGAUGAAGAAGGUGUUUGCCAGUGUUGUGGAGAGAAGCUUGUUUGCAUCGAUAUCGAUCCAAGAGAGACAGAGCAUUUUGCUAGAUCAUUGAGUAGCUUGGCUUGCAAGAAAGAGGUCAAAUCAGAUUUCAUUCGCUUCCAGGAGUGGCUCCGUAGGCAUGGUCCAUUUGAUGCUGUUGUAGAUGGAGCCAAUAUAAGUUUGAUCAACCAGCAGCAUUUUAACUUCCACCAGCUUAAUAAUGUCGUGAACAAAUUGCGUGAAAUGAGUCCAUCAAAGAGAUUUCCACUUAUUAUUUUGCAUAAAAGCCGUGUGACUGGAGGUCCUGCUCAACAUCCGAAGAACCAGGCGCUAUUAGAGAGAUGGAAAAAUUCCGGAGCACUUUAUGCUACUCCUCCUGGUUCAAAUGAUGAUUGGUACUGGUUAUAUGCCGCUGUGAGUUUUAAGGGUCUGUUGGUGACCAAUGACGAGAUGAGAGAUCACUUGUUCCAGUUACUCGGAACAUCUUUCUUUCCGAGAUGGAAGGAGAAGCAUCAGGUACAGUUCUCCACUUGCAUUAUGUGGCAUGUCUAAGUUUGUCCUAUAUUGCAGAAGCUGUUUGUCCUGGCUGGAAGCUUCGGUAGCCAUUUCAUUACUUACUGUUUACUACUUGCCUUCCACUUUUGGAUUAAUGCUGCUAUAAGUUCUAUGCAAGUGCCAUAAUUCUCAGGUUGCUGAAUGGCUGCUAAGGUUUAAGCCUAUUAAUACUUAAGGUUACUUGCUUUUAAAGAAAGUGAUCACUUGAUGGAACAAUUUGCAGGUUCGACUGUCUGUGUCGACAUCUGGGCUCAAAUUACACAUGCCGCCUCCUUAUUCAAUUGUUAUUCAGGAGUCUGAAAAAGGUAGUUGGCAUGUUCCCAUGAGCACUGAUGAUGAUAUUGCCACGCCAAGGCAAUGGCUAUGUGCAACUAGGCAAAGCUCAUAGAGAGAGAGUGUGUGUGUGUGUGUAGAGAGAGAGAAACCCACACACAAUGAAGAAGUCAUCAAGCAACUUGGCUGUUAACUUACCUUCAUCAGAAACUCCCAAGUGACUGCAGACAUGGUUUUUCUGGUCCGGCUGAAAUCUUAGUGGCUUCACACUUGGUGUAAUCUAUGUAAAAUCAUCAAUGUUGAGCAGAAAUGGUAGUUUGGUUGUAGAGAAUAGAGAUGAACAACUGAAAUUGGCCUGGUGAAUUUGCCUUGCCAGUGGUGGUUGUAUUUAGUUGGUCUUGCAGCAUUGAUUGUUGUUAAGGAAUUUGUAAGCAACAACAAGAAGGUAGAUGCUUAUAGUUCAUUCAAGUUAUACUAGUUAUGAAGCUGUCUGAUACUCUAGUGAAAUAGGGAAAUGUAUUAAUCCCAAGACAUGAAUAUUACUAUUUGUUCUUUGUUAUGUGGGCAAAGGAUACAGAAGUU